CACCAUAACUGCGACCAUAGUGUCCUAGCUCCUAGCAACCACACAAUUUCGCCGAACCGCCGCUUGCCAAAAAUCAGAUUUUUUUUGUAAGUAAGAGAAAAUAAAACAAAUGAAGGUAUAAAGUGGCGCAGUGCUCAACAGAUGACUUUCGUUAUUAAAUACACGAAGAAAACACAAAGCUCGUCGACGGCGGCCUCCUCCUCCUCAUACUGCUCUCCAAGCUAUAAUGGCAAGGAAUUAGUUUGCAACACAGUCGAUGGAUGUGUGACACCGCACCUCUGGAUGGAUCAAUGGAGCUGCGGGUGUGGCUGGAAGGUGGGCCACAGCGGGUGGUGUGUGGUGUAACUGAAGCCACCACAUGUCAGGAUGUGGUGUAUGCGCUGGCACAGGCAACUGCACAAACCGGCCGAUUUGCUCUUGUGGAGCGCAGCCGUCGCUCGGAGCGCCCUUUAGCACCUUCCGAUCGGCCGCUGCGGCUGCUUGCCCGCUGGGGACGCUGUGCAUCCGAUGUCCACUUCCUGCUAAGGCGUUGCGGUCCCGCAAAGGCUGCCACCCCGCCACACAGCGGUGUGGCUGUGCAGGCAUCCCUCCCAUUGGAAAGGGUGUCGCAUCGGCCACGGCGGCCACCGCCAUACGAUGAGGCAGUCACACGGCUCGCGGCUGGUACGCACCACUUGUUGCCUUCUCGAGGGGGGGACCCACCUCUUCAGGGCCUGGGGGACUCGCCCAGCAAGCAGCAGCCACCCGACGACUACUCGGAACUGCUUCGGGUGGUCAGCCUUCAGAGAGAGCACCUGCACAAGGUGCAUGAGGAACUGGCCCAGAAGGAUGCUGUUUUCUGUCCUGCAGAGCUGUCCACGUGGGAGGAGGCUCCCCUGGAAGAGCAGCUGCACCUUUCGCGGCAGGAAGAGCGCACGCUGCACUCCGAGUUGACACUGGCCCGCUCCCAGCUGGCCACCUGUGAGGCACGCCUGCUGCAGUGCCGUCAGCGUCUGUGCCAGCUAGGACACGAGCUUUCAUCAGAGAAGAAGCGGUGUCCAGCAGGGGCGUGUGACGAAGAAGACCUGUCCAAGCAGCUGUCCGAGCGUCGGCGCGUGGUGGCUCAACUGAGUGAAGAGUUGCGCGAGGCCAACCUGGAGGCCCUGGCUUUGGCUGAUGCUGACCACAAGCAUUGGCUGGAGGCCUCUGGAGGGUUUUUCAAUCGUCCAGGAAGCACACGGAAGAUCAUUGGAUCUCCACGACAGCUAGAAAGUGCAGUGCCUACUAGCAAGAAUCCAAAUGGUGUCUGGGUAUGACUGAAGCCUGCAGCAGUGCCCGCUGCAACCAAGAGCACUGCUGCACUCUGCUAGGACAAAUUGUGUGAUUGCUUUCGGGUGUGCUGCAGGCCAACCUUGAAGGCUCUGUUCCAGUGAAAAUGGUUCUAACUGUGCCUUUUAGGCUUCGUUUUGUGGAGGCUGCUGUGAUCACGUGGUGUGCUGUGGACUAAUUAUGCAUGGCGGGACCAAGUUUUGUAAUUCUGAUUACACUGAGUUCACCUCGGGUUGACAUGCCCAGCUCACAUGGGUGGCCUUGUCCAUAUUGUUUGCAAAAAGUGUAGUGGGAGCUGCCAAACUUUGCAUGGUGCUGAAACAGUGAGUGGUGGAUGGGACUAGGGUAACAGAUUUCAACCCGUCGCUGCUGCAUUCAGCCAUUGUACUCAGUUCCUCGGAAUGACAGUCCUGAAUGCAGUGGCAGUGCAAAUCUGGUCAUAUCCACACACAUGUGGAUUCCUAAGGUCUUCCAGGUUUUGCUGAUGUUGAUCACAACCAGAAUAAACACAUAGUGCAAGGCAGUAGGUUAUACAGCCAAGAUGUCAUUGCAGACUAAUGCUCAAAAAUCUAGUGUUUUCAUUUGCCUUUUUUUGUUGUUGUUGCUGUCCCCUGUAUGUUCCGUAUGCUUUUAUCAUUUUUGGCCAUGUGGUGUAUUGCAGCCAAAAGUGCUCGAUUAGCCAGUCACUAUUUUUAACCACAGAAAUAAGGGUAGCAAAGCCAAGCAAGGAAGUCCACACUUAAGCCCAAUUGUACUUAAAAGUUCGUUUCCAAUCUCAACGGCUUCAUCUUGCUCAGUCUUGCUGUCUAAUGCACUUAUCGCAGCUACCUGCAAUUCCACGGCAAUUCGGGCAGAGUGAGCAAAACUGUGUUUGUUUUUUGGAAAGAGUUGGUAUCAGAUAUUAUUAUUUACCAUUUGCUAAUCGGUGUUUGAAAUCCCAGAGGAGGCGUUUACAUUAAGGCAACAUCUUUGAGUAGUUUCUCAUGACAGUGACGCUCACUAACAAAUCUCAGUACUUGUUGCUUUGCUGAAACAGUGCAGGCACUUCGUUACUACAGUGAGGUCUGUUGUUAGUACCGUAUUUACUCAUAUAUUGAUUGCAUUCACAUAAUGUUCGCACCCCUCAAUUCCAUCAGCAAUUUUUUUUUCCUUCCCACAUAGUAACUUCACCCUCAAAUUUCGUCAACAAAAUUACUAGAUGUUAAAAAAAAAAUUUCCCCGCGUAAUAAACGCACCCCCUAACUUUGCUGCAAUUUUUUGGAAAGAAAGUGAGUUUAUUACGUAAGUAAAUGUGGUAAUUCUAUCAACAAAAUGUGAUUUUUUUGGUUUCCUUCUGUGUAAUAAUCACACUCCAGAAUAAUUUUGUUUGUUUUUCUUCCCACAUAUUGACACCUCUAGAUCCUGUCUGCAGAAUUUUUUUUUCGUUAAUGAUUUUACACCUGAAUUCUGUCGUGAAAAUUUGUCUUUCUUCUUGAAUAAUGAUCGCACUCAUAGAUUCUGUCAGCAGAAAUUUUCUUUUUUUUUUCAUUCACUGAAUGAUUGUACCCUGACCUUAUUGUCUUUGCAACAUUACUGAUCAUUGUUUCAUGAGGCAGGCGCUGCACCAUAAAGUGCGCUGGUACCAACAUUGCAUUGGUCUUCUGUUGAAAACUCUCCGAGUAUGUGUUGGAAAACGGGUGUCGGAAAGACAUGAUGCCUUUGUGAAUUAUGAUAUUAAUGCGAUGCUGAGCUGCCUUUACAUCCUCCCCGCUAAUGAAAUUACCUUUUUUUGACAUUGUGGAUUUUAGCUAAUAUCACCUUGUUGUAGUGCAGAUAAAGACAGAUCAAGAGAGCAGUUUGUCAGCCCCUCACCCUUCCUCCUUUUCUUUUCUGUUUUUUACAGUUGGCCACUUGUGCAAUUUGGCCUUGAAGCAAUUUAUACAAAGCGUAGUGAAGGUGUGCUUUUAUGCUAAUGUUUUUGCCUGAUUGUUUUGGUUACAAAUCCUAAAAAUUUGCCAUUCCAUAGCCAUGCCGAGAAUUCCAACUUGCUACCAUAUUUUUCUCAUAAACUUUUACACGGCAUAAUGCUUGCACCCAGGAACCUCGAGACUGUUUUUUUAGAAGAAAAGUGCGAUCAAUAUGCAAGUCAAGACAUUAUGUUGGCUUCUCGCUUGGCAGCUCAGUUUGCCGCACAUUUUGGCUCAUAUGUUUAGAGGUGUAUUGUAGUUGUGCUGGCAUGCAAGCGAAUCAAUAAAGACCCGUGAUGUUGGAAGCACUUAUUUCGAAGCCAUCGGUAUUUUUGCCUGGCUGGUAAUAUAUCUCUUGCAAUCGCUAUGCAUCCCCCACGGUAGCUUUCACAUUAAAGGAACAUUGAC